CAUCUGGUUCGCAUUUUGGUCUAUGGUCCUCGGCCUUUCCGUCUACUCUGGCCACGUCCUCUUCAUUUUCGCACGAACUCUCCAGGGUAUUGGACCAGCAAUUGUCUUGCCCAAUGGUCUAGCGAUUUUAGGAGCUACAUACAACCCGGGCCCGAGGAAAACCAUUGCCUUUGCCCUUUUUGGAGCCUGUGCGCCUGGUGGUAGUGUGUUUGGUGCUGCAUUCGCUGGCCUAUUUGUUCACGGAGACAAGACAUGGUGGCCUUGGGCUUUCUACUCAUUUGCAAUCGGCCUGGUUGUGAUUGCUGUGGCAGCUUCCUUCAUUAUCCCAGAUCCGCCUCACAGAAUAUCAUCUGCAAACAUGGGUUUUCGAGAGAAGUUAACCCAAUUGGAUCUACUUGGCGCCACAACGGGAAUUACAGCGUUGGUACUUUUCAACUUUGCCUGGAACCAAGCGCCUGUUGUUGGCUGGGACAAGCCAUAUGUCUAUGCUCUUCUAAUUGUUGGAAUUGCCCUCGUACCGGUGUUCUUCUACAUCGAACUACGGGUUGCUUCUCACCCCAUCAUUACUUUCGACACACUCACGGCCGAUGUCGCCUACAUUCUGGCCUGUGUAGCGUGUGGUUGGGCAUGUUUUGGUAUUUGGAUUUACUACACUUGGCAAUUUUUUCAGUUGCUGCGAGGGGCCGGGCCUCUUCUUACUGCCGCGUGGAUGAGCCCUGUGGCUAUUUCUGGAGCACUCGCUUCUAUGACUACUGCAUGGUUGUUGCAUUUCACUCACCCUGCGUUGGUGAUGUUGAUAGCUCUUGUGUCAUUCACGACGGGUACUGUUCUGAUGAUGACUGCUCCGAUUGAGCAGUCAUACUGGCUGCAGUCUUUCUUCAGCCUCAUUGUCAUGACCUGGGGCAUGGAUAUGUCGUUUCCUGCUGCAACGCUGAUUCUUUCAAAUUCGGUUAAAAGGGAACACCAAGGAAUAGCGGCAAGCCUGGUGAGCACCGUUGUUAAUUACAGCAUCAGUUUGGGACUGGGAUUUGCGGCUACCGUGGAAGUCCAUGUGAAUAGCGGUGGAGAAACGAGAAGUGACCUGUUAUAUGGCUACAGGGCAGCCUGGUACAUGGCGGUGGGUUUGGCGGGGUUAGGAUUGGCCGUCAGUCUCGUUUAUUUUCUCAAGAGAAAGCAGAGCAGCGUUAACUGAAGUGGGGAUGAAUAUGGCUAUAACGAAAUUAAAAGUAUUAAUCUCGACUACGGGGGACUUUCAUAGAAAGUGACAUUUAAUAUGAU